AUGAAUGAUCUCAUGCACACCGGUGCAAACCUGCUGCUCGAUGUCUCAGACGUCCUCAUGUGGAUCCGUGGCCAUCGUUACAUCUUUGCCACAGACAUAGCUAAGAUGUAUCGACAAAUCAAGGUACACCAAUCAGAUUGGGAUCUACAGCGCAUUCUGUGGAUUGACGAACAUCACAAUGAAACAUCAUACUAUCUCACCACGGUCACUUAUGGAACGAAGGCUGCUCCAUUCUUGGCAGUGCGGACACUCAUACAACUUGUUGAAGAUGAAGGACAUCGAUUCCCACUGGCAGUGCCACCAAUCACUCAUGGAAGAUACGUGGAUGACAUCUUUGGUGGUGCUGACACAGUGGAACAACUCACAGAAAUCGCUCAUCAACUGGAAGAUCUCUGCCAUGCGGGCGGGUUUCCUCUCACUAAAUGGCACUUCAAUCAUCAAGAUUUAUUAAACGCAAUCUCAUUGACGGACUCAAUCACCUCAUCAGUCUCACUUGACGAUUGCGCAACCAAAAUUCUCGGAUUAAGAUGGCUUCCUCAACAGGACGUCUUCACAUUCGCAACAAGCUCAACAUCUCAUCAAGAGCAAUUCACAAAGCGUGUGUUAUCUGAAGUGGCACAGAUAUUUGAUCCAUUUGGUUUUGUCUCACCAAUAAUCAUUAGAGCCAAGAUGCUUCUACAAGAGCUCUGGCUCCACAAAAUCAACUGGGAUGAUGCAUUGCCGUCUCAGGUUGGCUCACGGUGGCUCAACAUCAGAAAAGAUCUCACAAACCUGGCCAGGUUCUCAAUUCCACGUUGGCUCAACACAAGUAGUGACUCAAGCAUUGCAUUACAUGGCUUCUCUGAUGCAUCUCAAUUUGCCAUGGCUGCAGUCGUUUACAUGGUCGUGCUCAAGCCGUCCACUGGCGCCAAAACUUCUCUCAUAUGCUCAAAAACGAAGGUAGCUCCUUUGAAGAGGCUCACUAUUCCAAGAGCUAGAGCUCACAGCAGCGCUGCUUCUUACAAAAUUGAUUAA